AUGCCUUCUGGAACAGGCAACAAGCGCGUCAAGGGCAUUUCCAUCUUCCGCCCGUUUAUAUUUGGCAGCGAAGCGCAACCCUUCGAUCCUGAGAAACGACCUGCCAAUAUCCCCGCAGACCACACUCAUCAAUGGCGUGUCUUUGUCAAAGGUAUCAACGAUGAAGAUAUCUCAUACUGGCUGAAAAAGGUCCAGUUCAAGCUACAUGAGACCUACGCGCAAGCUGUCCGAACCGUCGAAGCACCCCCCUUCGAAGUUGUCGAAACAGGCUGGGGCGAGUUCGAGAUCCAGAUCAAGCUCUACUUUGCGCCCGAGUCCGGCGAAAAGCCUCAAACACUAUGGCACAGUCUCAAGCUACACCCGUACGGCCCUGACGCAGAGGGUAUGAAGGAGCGACGUGAUGUCGUCGUCAGUCAAAACUACGAGGAGGUUAUUUUCAAUGAGCCCGUUGAGCCUUUCUACGAGAUUCUGACUGGGGGCACUUCAACUGGAACACCUGCACCUUCGCGGGGGAAGGGCAAAAACAAUAAACAGCAGCAGCAACAACAGCAGCCGGGGCGGACGGCAGAGAUUCCAUUGAGCGAUUCUCCUAAGAAUCCCUACAGUCGGGCAACCGAGGCGAAGGAGCUGGAUCGUAUGACAGAGGCAAUUAAGACGGUUGAUCAGUUGAUUAAGGAAGAGAAGGAAAGGCUUUUUGAGAGAGAGAAGUAUCUGGCCGAGCUUAGAGAAAGCGAAGGCGUUCCUGCAGUGACAAAGAAGCGAUGA